GUUUGAUUCAUUUAAGGCAAGUAGAACUCUUAUAAGUUAUACUUGCUAAAUUUAUUGCUAUCUAUUCAGGACCAUGGAUUUGUAAGUAUCAGCGAAAAAGCCGAUCGUGAAACAUUGAAUACAAUUGAAGAUAAUUAUUACAUCGAACAUAAUUUUGACCCAAAAGAAUAUGAACUUCAAAAAUUAUUAUCAACGUUAAAUGGUAAUCCAUUUCUAAAUAUUUCCGAUGUAAUAACACGUCGUGACCAUCUCAAAACUCAGUUAACCGCUGUAUCAAAACGUGUAUCGAAAUUAAUUCUUGAAAAUAGUUCAUCAUAUACAACUGAAUUACAACGUGUUACUGUACUAACAGGUGCAUUACAAGAUUCAAUUGAAACAUGCCAUAAAGCUCGAAGAAAUCUUCGCCGAGCACAAUAUCAAAUAACAACACGAAAUUUAAGUUUAAUUCGAAAUGAAAUGCGUAAACAACAAUGGAUCAAUGUUCUUAAAAAUAUUGAAAAAUUAAAAAAAUUACAUAGUUUUGAUCAAAAAUUAAAAGAAAUGGUUAAGCAUGAAGAUUUCGUUGGAGCCAUUCAAUUAUAUUCUCAAUGUGGAAAUACUGUUCAUCAUUAUAAAGAAUAUCAAUGUAUUAGAGAUCUUUCAACUAAACUUCAAGAUACAUUAGAUUUUAUUGAAGAAUCAAUUGAUGUAACAUUAGCUAAACUUUGUUCAUAUUUUAAUCCACAUACAUAUCAACGUUUAUUGAAUGCUUAUCGUUUACUUGGAAAAUCAUUGACAUCUAUGGAUCAAUUACAAAUGCAUUUUGUUAAUGUUGUACAAACACGUACAUUAGAAAUUUUAUUAAAAACUGUUGGAACAAUAAAUAAUGAACAAAAUUUAUCGUCUUAUAGUGACUUAUGCAAAAUGGUUCCCGAAGAAUCAUUUUCAAGUUGUCUACAUGAACUUAAUGUAUGUUUUUGGCAAAUAAUUAAAUCUUAUAAAUUAAUCUGGCUUUGGCAUGAAAAAAAUCCUCCAUCCAUUGAAUUAACAAAUAGUGAUACACCUGAACCAAGUCAAGAAUUCCUUCUUCAAAAACUUGAAAGUGGAUCUAGUCGUUUAUGGCAUGAAAUUCAACAAAAAAUGAAAACAUUUAUUCUCGAAAGUAACAU